AUGGUCACUCCAGGUGAAGACGAGUCGUCACCUCACCCAAGGAAUUCCAGAACAUCAACUCUCGCCAAGCGCAGGCGGAAUGCCCGUGCCUGUGACCGAUGUCAUAAGAAUGCCUCCAAGUGUUCGCCAGGGGUAGACGGGACUGCCUGUGUCCGCUGCAGUGAGCAAGAGGUUGAUUGUACAUAUAACAGGCCCGUCAAGCGGCGCGGUCCCCCGUCGAAGCGGACACGAAUCGCGAGCGAUGCACAACCUACAGAUAAUCAGUCACCGGAAAGUCAAGACCCUAGGCCUCAUGAUACGCCCUCGUCCAUAAACCCAGAUGCCGCUGAGGAUGGACCUCUUAUUUCCUUCUCUGAUAAUCCUGCAUCCACAUACCUAGCGCACGAGGAUGUCGUUAAGCCGGAGAUAAUUGAGAGUCUUGUUGAUGUUUUCUAUCACGCUGCGUAUCCGUUACGGCCGUAUUUCCACUGGCCCACCUUCCGCGCUCAGAUUUCUCAGCAGCUCUACCGAUCUGACUGGGGGCUAUUUAUUGUGACGAUGGCGGUUUGUGCUUUGGCUGCAGGCAGGCUACACGAUGGCAUUGCCAUGCCUCCAGAUCCUCAUCCUCUGCGUUUUGAAGCCGUCACACUCUCGUCCGAAUGCUACAACGCUGCUGUCAAAGCUAUUCCUAGUGAUAUUACGGAGGCGAUUGAGUGGUACCCACUCAUGAAAGCGAAGGCGCUCCUAGCGUCUGCGUGUCUACAGAACGGGGAAUUAAAAAGGGCGGUUGCGCACGGUGGAGACUACAUCUCAAUAUCACUGAGUCGAGGAUUUCAUGAUGAAGAAAACUGGCCUGGUAAUCUGACUGAGAUUGAGAAGCAGGAACGGCGUCGUUUGUUUUGGGGCUUUUAUCAGCAUGACCAGCAUUUAGCCAAUAGCUUUGGUUUUGUUUCGCGGCAGCGGGAGGCAAAGGCGACAGUGUUAUAUCCAGCCGAAGUGUAUGAUGACGAGGACAUCACAGAGGCUGGCAUUCAACUUGAGCCAAAAAAAGUCUCUUUUCUUCGCGGCUGGAACUUUUGUUCUGAUCUUUACCGUCUCCUCGAGCACAUGGAUGGACUGGUUAGAGCAGCACGGCAGACUUCGGUUGAAGAGCCCGGGGGACUUGUUACCUCGUUUCUUUCCCGUCGUCAGCCCCCGAAAAAUUUUGCGUCUGAUAGUCUUCAUCUUGUUUCGAAGCUCUUCGAAGACCUACCAGACAAUCUAAAGAAAAUUAAUUCGAUGACGGGGGAUCCACAAACAGAUCGUUAUGGGUUUGUUGCCUCAAACAUUCUCAUAACCACUCAGACCUUGAAAAUGAUCCUCGUUGGGUGUGAGAAGCCAAGUGUGCAUGCUCGUUGCGCCAUUGCGACUGAACUCCUCGACGAAUUAAGCACUAUCCCCCUUGCAUUUUUCCACGCUUCAAGCACUGUGACACUACAUCAUCUGGCUCAGGUUGGCCAUAUGCUUGCAGGUGUCAUUCAGCGACCUGUGUCAGCAUGGACGUAUCUCCAAGUCAGGAACAUUCUUCUUGUACUCGCUGAAUUCCUCACUAAGAUCGAGUCGACUCGUUUAUCCGCCCCCGGUCUUGCUAUCAAGCUACGAGGCCAGAUAAGCAGGAUUGAUCAGUGCAUGCAGCAAAUCUCGCAGAAUCCUGAACCUGGUCUAUUGUCGAUUGGUCAAACCUUACUUUCAGACUCCCAGUUGUUUCCAGAUCGCGUGCGGCCACAACAACCCCAAUCUACAGACCCCACCGUGGGAAAUCCAUUUGAGUUUCUACAGCCAUAUUCAUCCCAAGCUCCCUUGUUGGGUGAGGGUGCUUCGCCCACGGACCAGCCCUCGCUUCCAAAUGAUUUAUUUGACAAUUGGUCCUUCUUCCUAGGACAGACAGGUUCAUUUGAACCGGCUUCUUCUUUUCAGCUUUAG